AAGUGGGAGGGGUCAGGAGAGGUCCAGUUCCACUUGGGAACGCAACUCAUCUCCUAAAAGGAAGAUGAGUUGCUAACUAAGUCUCGCUAGGGCUCCAAGUAAGUUCUGGUAACAGGGUGUUCUGAAGACAGCUAGCAGGUGCCAUGACCACCCUCUCUCCCGAAAACAGCCUCUCUGCCAGGCGAUCAGCCUCCUUCAUCCUGGUGAAGAGAAAGCCACCCAUUGACAAGACAGAAUGGGAUAGCUUCUUCGACGAGAAUGGUCACCUAGCCAAGUCACGGGACUUCAUCUGUGUGAACAUCCUGGAAAGGGGCCUGCACCCCUCCGUGAGAACAGAAGCCUGGAAGUUCCUCACAGGCUACUACUCAUGGCAGAGCUCCCAGGAUGAGCGGCUCACAGUAGACAGCAAAAGAAGGAAAAACUACCAAGCCUUAUGCCAGAUGUAUGAGAAGAUUCAGCCCCUGCUGGAAAACCUGCACCGGAACUUCACAGAGACUCGGCACAACAUUGCAUAUGACAUCCAGAAACUGUAUGACAAAGACCCGCUGGGCAACGUGCUCAUUGAUAAGAAGAAACUGGAGAAGACCCUGCUCCUGAGUUAUGUCUGCAACACCCAGGCUGAGUACCAGCAGGGUUUCCACGAGAUGGUGAUGCUUUUCCAGCUCAUGUUGGAGCAUGAACACGAAACCUUCUGGCUCUUCCAGUUCUUCCUGCAGAAAACGGAGCACAGCUGUGUCAUCAACAUUGGGGUGGCCAAGAACUUAGACACGCUCAACACCCUUAUCACCUUCCUGGACCCCGUGUUCGCUGACCACCUAAGAAGGAAGGGUGCUGGAGUCGUGCAGUCCCUCUUCCCCUGGUUCUGCCUCUGCUUCCAGCGUGCCUUCAAAUCCUUUGAUGACGUCUGGAGACUCUGGGAGGUCCUGCUGACCGGAAAGCCCUGCAGAAACUUCCAGGUGCUGGUGGCCUACAGCAUGUUACAGAUGGUGCGUCGGCAGGCGCUGCUGGACAGCAUGAGCGGGAACGCCAUCCUCCUGGCUUGCAACAAACUCAUUGACCUUGAUGCUGACGAGCUGAUCUCUGCUGCCUGCAUGGUUUAUGCUGAGCUCAUUCAAAAGAAUGUUCCUCAGCCAUUAAAGGAUUUCUUUCUCUGAGGACACCAAACCCACAGUGGACAGAUGCCCUCAACAGACAAGAUGAAGG